CCAAGACAGCUAAGGAUUUGACUUGGCAUGCCAAUGAUAGGAAAACAGAUGGAAUGAUGAGGCAUCCAGCAGAUUCCCCGACUUGGAAGUUAGUUGACACAAAGUGGCCAGAAUUUGGUAGCGAACCGAGGAACCUUAGGCUAGCCCUUUCCUCAGAUGGGUUUAAUCCCCACAGUUCAUUAAGUAGCCGAUACUCUUGCUGGCCUGUUAUUCUUGUUACAUAUAACCUUCCUCCUUGGCUAUGCAUGAAGAGGAAGCACAUGAUGUUAACAUUGUUAAUAUCUGGACCCAAACAGCCGGGAAAUGAUAUUGACGUUUAUUUGCAGCCUUUGAUAGAUGAUUUGAAACUACUGUGGGUUGGGGUUGAAGUGUAUGAUGCCCUUAGAGGAGAGUCCUUCAAACUGAAGGCAGUCCUAUUUUGGACUAUUAACGACUUUCCCGCAUAUGGGAACCUCUCGGGCAGCAUUACCAAAGGAUACAAUGCUUGUCCAGUUUGUGUUGAUGAAACCCGACCAUACAGGUUGAAGCAUAGUAACAAAAUGGCAUUCAUGAGACAUCGCAGAUUUUUGCCAAGACAUCAUCCAUAUCGAAGGCAGGCUGCAGCUUUUGACAAUACCAUAGAGGAAGAUGUCGCUCCUUCACCAUUAAGUGGAGAGGAGAUGUUGUCAAGAGUUGAAGGUCUGAACAUACCAUUUGGGAAAAAAAAACCUUGUCCCCCUCACAAGGGUGUUGAAGCGAAAAACAGACCUUGCUGGAAAAAAAAAUCGGUUUUCUUUGAACUUGAUUACUGGAAACAUCUUCCAGUGAGACACAUUCUCGAUGUGAUGCACAUUGAGAAGAAUUGUUGCGAUGCUAUUCUUGGAACCGUAUUGAACAUUCCCGGGAAGACCAAGGAUGGAGCUGCUUCUCGUUUGGACAUGGUUGAUAUGGGCAUCAGAACUGAUUUGAAGCCUACACCUGGUCCGAAAAGGGCAAAGUUGCCUUUGGCGAGUUGGAACUUGCUGCUAGAUGAGAAGAAAAUAUUAUGCUCUUCCUUUUUCAACAUGACGGUUCCUGUGCGCUUUUGCUCAAACAUAAGGAAUCUGGUUUCAAUGGAAGAUUUGAGACUCGUUGGUCUUAAAUCACAUGAUUGCCACACUAUUAUGUAGAUUCUUCUCCCUGUGGCAUUAAGAUCAGUUUUAGAAAAGCCAGUUAGGUAUGCUAUUAUUCGGUUCUGCCUAUUCUUCAAGGCAAUUUGUAGUAAGGUGAUAGAUGUUUCAAAACUUCAACAGAUGCAAGCUGACCUUAUUGAUACAGUUUGCUUGCUUGAAAAGUUCUUCCCACCUUCGUUUUUCGAUGUAAUGAUUCAUUUAACAGUUCAUCUUGUUAGAGAAGUAGAGUUAUGUGGUCCGGUGUUUCUUCGAUGGAUGUACCCAUUUGAGAGGUACAUGAAAGUGUUCAAAGGGUAUGUGAGAAGUCGCCAUUUUCCUGAGGGGUGUAUUGCUGAGAAUUAUAUUGUUGAAGAGGCUAUAGAGUUUUGCUCAGAACGUAUGCUCCGUGAAGAUGAUACCACUGUGGGAAUUCCAUCAAAAAGCUUAUCUGGACUGUGUAAUGGAUGCAAGCCUUUAUCAGGCGCAACCAUGGUGAUCGUUUCUGCAAAGGAGUUACAACUUGCACACCUGUGUGUAUUACGGAACACUGAAGAUGCCAUUCCAUACUUCAAGGAGCAUAUGGAAUUGUUGGAGUUAACUUUCCCUAAGUUCAUGAAAAACAAGAGGUGGUUGAGGGAAAAACAGAAUGCGACAUUUGGAGAUUGGUUAAAGGAAAGGGUUGCAAAUGCAAUGAGUAUUCCCGACAAUGAUGUUUCAGAAACAAUGAGGUGGAUGGCUGGCGGCCCAAGGCAUGAAGUGCCAACCUUUAGUGGAUACCAUGUCAGUGGAGUUGAUUUCAACACCAAAUCCCGGGACAAUGUCAGAUCAGUUCAGAACAGUGGUGUUUUUUUACUUGCCGAUGCAAUGCAAGUUGCAAGUGCAAAGGAUCGAAAGCCCAGAACUGAUGAUAUGGACUUCUACGGUGUAAUUAAAACAAUAUGGGAGGUUGACUAUUACAAAUUUAGGGUACCAUUGUUUAAAUGCGAUUGGGUAGAGAGUUCUAGGGGCGUCAAAGUAGACGAUCUUGGGUUUACUUUGGUGAAACUGAAUAGGAUAGGCCAUUUAAAUGAUCCGUUUGUCUUAGCUACGCAUGUGAAACAAGUUUUUUAUAUUGAAGACCCCCUCGAUGCUGAAUGGUCAGUAGUGGUGAGGUGCCCGGAUAAAGACUAUGAAGGGGCUAAUGAUGAAUGCGAAGACCCUGAAGUGGACCAACUAGCAUUUAUUCCGACAAUGCCAUCAGUUGAAACCUUUGAUGAUGUAGUUGGUCAUCAACCUAGCAUUCAUAUGCGAGAUGGUGAUGAAGGAAUAUGGGUUGACAAUUAA